UCCUGCCGGCUUUUCUUUUGCAGCUUUGGGCAUCUGUAAUUGUCUUAGUUCCUCAGCCCUGAGAUUCUGGGAACCCGCCGAGGAAGAAGUGCCUUGUUCUGGACAAUCUCAGUCCUCUGAUCUUGCUCCUUUUCAUGCGUAGUCCGUGGCCUUGUAAUCCACCAAAUUGCAAGUGGGAAGAGCUCUUUGUGCAAGUCUAGGCCCCUGUACGUAUGUUAUUUGCCUUGGCCCUGACUGUGUCCCACACGUUGGGCACCAGGAAAUGUUUGGAAUACCUUGAUGCAAACUGAGGGCCUUGGACUCCUGGCCUGGCAUUCACCCUGUUGGCCAGUGAGAGGCACCAAAUCGACUUACUUGACCUAAAUUUUUAAGCCCUACCAGUCUGUGAACUUGGAUUUACAGUCUGCGAAGAUCUCACCACACAAAAAAGGACGAGUUGUGUUGUAAAUGCCAAUAAAGGAAAAGGAAGAGUAUUGAGAUUCUGAAUAGCAGAACCUUGCACAUCCAGGAAUCCAAUGGAAAUUCAUACAGCUUUGAGAACGAUGGAAGUCAACAUAAAGCUAUGAAAUGUGAUAUCAAAAAUCCUUUUAAAACCAGCAAGCUAAGCAGCCAGGGAAAGUCCAAGGCCGGGGGUCUACCUGCAAGAUGGAAUGAAGAAUUAAGGAGCAAUACUGCUGCACAGAGUAAUGAUGCGGGUGUGCUGGUUGGUGAGACAGGAUAACCGGCACCAGCGAAUCAAACUUCCACAUUUGGAAGCAGUCAUGGUUGGGCGUGGCCCAGAGACCAAGAUCGUUGACAAGAAAUGUUCUCGACAGCAAGUACAGUUGAAAGCAGAGUGUAACAAAGGAUAUGUCAAGGUGAAGCAGGUAGGGGUCAAUCCCACCAGCAUUGACUCGGUCAUAAUUGGGAAGGACCAAGAGGUGAAGCUGCAGCCUGGCCAAAUUCUCCACAUGGUGAAUGAACUUUAUCCAUAUAUUGUAGAGUUUGAGGAAGAGGCAGAGAGCCCUGGCCUAGAAACACACAGGAAGAGAAAGAGGUCAGGCAGCAGUGAUUCUAUAGAAGGAGAUGCUGCCCAGGAAGCUGAGUCCUGUAGAGGACUGGAACCUGGGAGUGACCCUGGCCAAUCCUCUGUGCCCUCAAAGAAAGGGAAAGAUGCAUCUACCAAAAAGGAAUCAUUGGGCCACUGGAGUCAAGGCUUGAAAAUUUCUAUGCAGGAUCCCAAAAUGCAGGUUUACAAAGAUGAGCAGGUGGUGGUGAUUAAGGAUAAAUAUCCCAAGGCUCGUCACCACUGGCUGGUCUUACCAUGGGCUUCCAUUUCCAGUCUGAAGGCUGUGACCAGGGAACACCUUGAGCUCCUUAAACACAUGCACACUGUGGGGGAAAAGAUGAUCACAGAUUUCGCUGGGUCCAGCAAACUCCGCUUCCGUUUGGGUUACCAUGCCAUUCCCAGCAUGAGCCAUGUACACCUCCAUGUGAUCAGCCAGGAUUUUGAUUCUCCUUGCCUUAAAAACAAAAAACACUGGAAUUCUUUCAAUACAGAAUACUUCCUAGAAUCACAAGCUGUGAUAGAGAUGGUGCAGGACGCUGGCAGAGUGAGUGUCCGAGAUGGGAUGCCUGAGCUCUUGAGGCUGCCCCUGCGUUGUCACGAGUGCCAGCAGUCACUGCCUUCCAUUCCCCAGCUGAAAGAGCAUCUCAGGAGGCACUGGCCAGAGUGAUUCCACGGAGCCUGAACCUUUGCAGCAGGUGUGGCUGAUUGUGUAGAGCAAAUUCCUGGCACCUGUCCUGGAUUGCCUGUGAACUUUUAUUUCUUGAAUUAAAACAUGCAGUUUGUU